AUGCGGAUGCAUCACGAUAAUGUGGAAUCUGAUCCUGAUAACGUCGAAGCUGAUGAAGAAUCGGAUGGACGUGAUGGAGAUGUAGUAGACGAUGAAACGAACCGACGAGAUGACGGUGUGCCAGACGAUGAAUCGGACGGACGACAUGACGGUGUAGCAGACGAUGAAUCGGACGGACGAUAUGACGGUGAAGCAGACGAUGAAUCUGACGAACGAGAUGACGGUGAAGCAGACGAUGAACCUGACGAACGAGAUGACGGUGUAGCAGACGACGACGAUGAAGAAGAAGAUUCUGAAUCUUCGUCAAAUUCGGAAAGCAGUUCAGAAACAAGUGAAUUUUCAGACACCGAAGGAGAAGAGAGUGGUGAUGAUGACGAUACGUUAUAUUCCAUACCUGACGGCAACUCACCUCUCCAUCAAAAUGCUCCUAUCACCUUAUCGGAACACAUUUUGAUGUUAUUAUCAUUAUUGCUGCGCUUCAAAUUAACUGGGUACGAUUAA